AGCCAGUCGAAAUUGCAUUCUCCAGUGGUAAACACAGUUUUGUAUAUGCACAGGUUGAUCGGUGCAAGUUUACAGGUUGUGUUAAAAACAAAAUAAUGACAGUAAAAAAAAAUUAUAAAUAAUUAUAAAUAAUCAUAAAUAUUGAAAUUUUAAAAAUUUAAUAAUUAUUAAUUAAUAUAUUGUGUUGUUUUUUAUAUAAAAAAUUGUUAAAAAAAUAUGUCGAAUUAUUGUACAGUGAAAUGUUGUCAAAAACAAACGGGAAUUUUGAGUUAAUUCAGUGUUACAAGUUGACUUUUAAUGUGGCAUUAUUACUUUAAGUUAACACAGGGAUCCUCAACUCAGUCUCAAUCAUAUCUAGAUUCCAGGAUAACUGGAGACUGAAGAAAAAAAAAAAUCAAAAAUGAAAAACACAAAAAAAUAAAAGAACCAGUUGUGUGAUGACAUUGUGUCCUGGCACAUUGAACAGCUGGUCUAGUCAAUAAUUAUUAAAUAAAUAAAUAAUAAUUUUAAAUAAAUAAAUUGUUAAUUAUUGUGGAUAAUAAUGCCGGGACCAACAUCAGAAAGACCUCGUGCACAACGACUCAAUGAUAUCGAGCCACAAGCCGCAAAGGAUCUGGGGUGUAAUAGAAAUGAAGAAUUUGGAACAUCAGUUGGUACUGGUAGUAAAAUGGGCAGCAUUGCAAGAUUUCCAAAGCUUGAUGAAUGUGCUCAUUUUCAUUAUGAGCAUGUUGAAUUAAGUGGACUUGAGGUAACUGUAACAGAAGUGCCAAAUGAUGGAGGUUUUGCUGUACGUGUAACAUCAGGUGAUACAUGCUGGACACUUCAACGAUCAUAUGAUAAUUUUGUGAUGUUUGAUAAACAAUUACAUCGUUGUAUAUUUGAUAGAAAAUUUUCAUCAAUUAAAAAACUACCAGAUGAACAAUCAGAUGAUUCAAUUGAUUUACUAGUAUCUUAUCUUGAUAAAUUUACAAAAUUAAAUCAUGAUGGACUUAAUUGUGGUCCAGUAUUAAAUUGGCUACAAUUAGAUAAUCGUGGACGUAGAAUACUUGUUCCUGAAUCUGAUUCUUGUCCAAUAAAUACACCAGCUGUUGCUGCUGCUUAUGCUGUACGACCAUACAAUGCACAAGCAUCAGAUGAAAUAACAUUUCAGGUUGGUGAUAUGAUAUCAGUGAUUGACAUGCCACCACCGGGUGAAAGUAAUUGGUGGCGUGGUAAAAAAGGCUUUGCAGUUGGUUUUUUUCCAGCAGAAAAUGUUGCUGUUAUUGGUGAUAAAGUACCACGUCAUUUAAAAAUAUCAACAACAGUACAUUCAAAAUUGCCAGUUAAACCAGUUUUACGUAAACAUGGUAAACUUAUUGCAUUUUUUAGAUCAUUUAUAUUAAAUAGACCAUCACGUAGACGUUUAAAACAAUCUGGUAUUUUAAAAGAACGUGUAUUUGGCUGUGAUCUUGGUGAACAUUUAUUAAAUUCUGGUCAAGAUGUACCAGCUGUAUUGACAUGUUGUGCUGAUUUUAUUGAAACUCAUGGUUUAGUUGAUGGUAUUUAUCGUUUAUCUGGUGUAACAUCAAAUAUUCAACGUUUACGUAAUGCAUUUGAUGAAGAUCGUGUACCAGCAUUAAAAACAGAUGAAAGUAUAUUACAAGAUAUUCAUUCAGUAGCAUCAUUAUUAAAAAUGUAUUUUCGUGAACUUCCAAAUCCAUUAUGUACUUAUCAAUUAUAUUCAACAUUUGUUAGUGCUGUACAAGCAUCAAGUGAUUCUGAACGUUUACGUCGUAUGCGUGAUGCUGUACGUAAACUUCCACCACCUCAUUAUCGUACACUUGAAUAUUUAAUGCGUCAUUUAGUUAGAGUUGCAGCAUGUGGUGCUGAUACUGGUAUGACACCACGUAAUGUUGCAAUAGUAUGGGCACCAAAUUUAUUACGUUGUAAAGAACUUGAAAUUGGUGGUGUUGCUGCAUUACAAGGUGUUGGUGUACAAGCUGUUGUUACUGAAUUUUUAAUUUGUUAUGCUGAGUUAAUAUUUGGUGAUCAUAAUACAAUUGGUAGACCAAAAUCAUUAGCAUUUACAACACCAGCACGUUUAUUAAGUUUAGAAGAAGCACGUAAUCGUACAACAUUACGUAAUGAUUCAGAAUAUAUUGAAGUUGGUGAUGGUCCAAAAGGUUUACCAACUGAAUAUCAUACUGUUAUUGAAUUACCAUUAAAACGUACAACCUCAUCAAAACGUUCACCAUCAUUAAAUUGGCGUUCAAUAUUUCGUAGACCUGGUUCAUCAAGUGUACGUAAUAAACAUAAUGAUAAUAAUAUACGUAAAUCAAUUGGUACACCACAAAAAAUUGAAAAUAUACCAAAUUCAAUAAAUACAAUACGUCGAUUACGUCCAGUUAAAAGUGUUGAAUCACUUGAUGGUGAAGAUAUUAUUGGUCCAUUAUUAUUAUCAUCAUUACCAAAUCGUUCAUGUGGACAUUCAAGAUCAGUAUCACAUGAUUCAUAUUUUGAUCAUCUUGCUGAUUCACCACAAUCAUCAUCAUCACCAUUACCACCACCAUUAACACAACUACAAUCAUCAUCAUCACCAUUAGAUUUAUCAGAAAUACAAUUAAAUUUUGAUCUUGAAGAACGUGAAAUGAGAAUGUUAUCUGAGGAAGAUAGUUGUGAAGGUGUUGGUGGUGGUAGUGGUUGUGGUGGUGAUGCUAAUACAUCAGUUGAAGCAUCACCAAGACGUGCUAGAACAGAAACACCAUUAUAUUUAGGUAAUUUAGGUGGAAGUAAAAGAAAAAGAUCAAGACUUGAAGAAAGAUUACAUUGUGAUGUUGAAUUACGUUUUAUUGAUAGUCAAAGUCCUGAUCAAGUUAUGGUUACAGCUGAUAUACAUGAAAUGGAAUCAAUUGAUACACCAUCACCAUUAAUAACACCUGGUUAUUUACCAUUAUUAUCAGAAGCAUCAACACCAUUAUCACCAUCAACAAAUACAUUACAACCAACACCAACUCUACCAUCAAUAUCACCAACAAAUUUAUCACGUGGAUCAAGAAUUAGCUUUCGUAGUUUUACACUACCACUUGAUAUUGGUGAUGAUAAAUUUAAUAUAAAUAAUAAUAAUAAUAAUGAGACUAUUGAAAUUAAAAAUAAUACUGAUGAUAAUAAUGAUAAUGAUGAUGAUAAUAAUAUUAUUAAAAAAAUUUCAACUAGUCAAAAUAAUAAUAGUAGUGUUAAGUUUGAGUCUAUAAAUUCAAUAAAUAAUAAUGAUGAUAAUGAUAAAAUUAUUGAUUGUCAACAAGAUCAAGAAAUGACACAAUGUGAUGUAUUGGGAGUAUCAAUAAUUAUCAAUGAUAAUACCAAUGAAAAAAUUGAUAUAAAAAAUAAUAAAAUUGUUAAUUAUUUAGAUGAAGAAAUGUCUGGCUUAUCAUCUAAAAAUUGUGAUGAUAAAAAUAAUAAUAUAAUUAAUGAUGAAAAAUUAAAUGAACAAGAACAAGAAAUAAUAAAUCAAUUAUCAAGUCCAACUGAUAUUGAUUCACCAAUGUCAUGUGAACAAACAGAUUCAAGUUUUAUUAUUUCAAAUGAAUCAGAUGAUAAAAUAUAUAAAAAUUCUAAAAAAUUAAAUAACACAAAUGAAUGGAUUAUCAUUGAAAAAAAUAUUCCAAAAGUAAUUAUUGAUGAUACAUUAAAUAAUACAAUUGAUAAUUCAAUAUCUGAUAAUAAUAUAUCAAUUGAAUCGACAAUUGAUACUGGUAGUAGUGAUUUUACUGAAAGUCCAAUAUUACAUCAAGAAAAUAAUAGUGAAAUGACAUUUAAAAUUGAUGAUAUUAUUAAAAAUUCACGUAAUAAUACUGAUGAUAAUAUUGAUGAUAAUUUUACAAUAAAAAAUUCAAAUAUUAGAACAAUGGAAUUACAAUUAAAUUAUGUACUAAAUGAUGAUGAUAAAAAUUUAAAUAAUAAUAUAAUUGACAAUGAUGUUAAAAAUAAUAAAAAUUAUAAAAUAUCAAAUGAAAUAUAUGAAAAAAGUUUUAAUAAAUUUACAGCACAUCUUGAUAAAUUUAAAAUAAAUAAUAAUAAUGAUAUUGUUAAUAGUAAUGUGUUACAUAAUGAUGAAGAAAAUAUUGUAAUACCAUCUGAGAAUGCUGCUGAGGCACUUGAAAUAGCACAUGAUCCAGAAGGUGCAUCUGAAUUGACAUCCCUAAAUUCAACUUAUUCAAAUGAAUCAACAUCAAUAAUUGAUGAUUCAAUUGUUCUACGUGAUACAGCAUCAAUAUUACAAGAAUUAGCAUUACAAAGAUUAUCUGGUGGUAUUGUUGUUGGUGAUACAUCAACAAUAACAAAUACAUUAACAAAAAAUGAACGUAAAAUAAUUGAUAAAGAAAUUAGCAAUGAAUUUAUACGUGAUAAUAAUGAAAAAAAUUAUGAUAUUGAUACAACAAAAUUAACAAGCCAACAAACAAAUUUACAAUAUUUACCACCAUGUUUACGUGCAAGACAUGCUAGAUCAACUAGAGCUGCAUUAUCUAGAUCACUUGAUGAAGGUAAAUUUAAUCGUAUGACAUCUGAAUCGACACAUAUACAAAUUGAUAAAACAACUGAUGAUAUUAAAAAUAAUAAUAAAAAUAGUAAUAAUAAUACAACAACAAAUAUAGGUGGUAAAUUGAGUGGUUCAAAAAGUGCUGAAAAAUUACAAUCUAAAAAUCUUGGUGGUAUUGAUUUAGGUGAUCCACGUUGUCGUGAAAGAAUUGAAAAAUAUAAAGAAGAAAGAAGAAUUUUUUUACGUGAUAAAUAUAGAAGUGAAAGUUUUCGUGGUUCAUCAUCUAAAAAUGAUGAUGAACAAGCACUAUUAGCAAGACUCAAACAACGUGCUUCCAGAUCAACAAUGCAUUAAUUCAAUUUAAAAAAUUACGGAAUUAGACAUUCCUUUGUAACUUGGAAUUAUCAGUUUUUUUUUUAAUUUUUAUUAUUAAUUUACUAUUUUUAUUAAGUUAAGUUUGAAUGGUUUUUGUUUUAUUUUUAGAAAAAAUUCGUUAACGAAAAUACCGAUUGAAUAUUUAAUAUAAAUAAAAUUUGUCAAUGCAUUUAUGACAUUAAACAAAGGCGCACAUGCAAUGAGAAUUAAUGUUUUACAUUUUUUUUUGCUUUUGAUAAUUUAUUUUUCUGUAAAUGAAAAAAAAUAAAUAUUUUCUAUCUCAAAGAUUUUUUUUAUACCAGUUAAUAAUUAAUAUCAUUGUCAAGUCCAUUUAACAUUAUUUUUUUUAUUUUCAUUAAUUUAUAAAUGCCAUUUUUUUUAAUUUACUGAUACCGAUUGUGAGAUUUAAUUUAAAAAAAAACUAUCGAAAUUUGAUAAAUGAUCUGUUUAGAUAUUUUAUAAUAGAUAUUACAUUAACUCGAUAUGUUUUUUCCUCAUGGUAGAUUGCCUUAAUAAAAAACAAAAAAAAAAAAGCAAAAAGCUAAUUGUAAUAAUUAAAAUUUUUUGUUUUAUCUUUUGUUAAAUUUUUUAUGUAAUUAUUAUUUUUAUUUUUGAACAACAAACAAUUCUUUGACAUGUCUGCAGUUGAUAUAAUUUUAUUUUUUUUUUACAAUAUUAUUUAUUUGCCAAAUUAAUAAUUAAAGAAGAAAAUUGAAAAAAAAAAAAUAUUGAUCAAAAUUAAAAUUAGAAAAGAAAAAAAGUAAUGAAAGUUAUUUGUAUUGUAAUAAAAAAAAUAAAUGAAUAAAUAAAUAUGCUAAUGAAAAUUUUUUAGUUUAAAGCAAUUUAAAAAAAAAAAUAUAUAUAAAAUUGCAGAUGAGCUUUUGCAUAAAUUGAUUUAUCAAAAUUUACUUGGGCCUUUUAAAAUGUAAAUGAUAUUAUGUGGUCCGUCUAUGUAAAUUAUAUUAACAAUAAACCAAAAAUAAUUAAUUAAAAAAUGAUAAUGUAUACAAUAAAUUCCCAUAGUGCCAGAGUAAUAAUACCUGUAGAUGAUAUUUGUGUUCAAUUAGAAACAAGGUAAAUUGACAAAAAUAAAUUCAAAUUAAAAAUUUCUCGCUAUCACAAAUCAACGAAUUAAGAAAAAAUAAAUAAUAUAAAAAAAUUGUAUACUUGUUAGUUAAUUAGUAUUUUUUGUAAAAAACAAAUUUAUUAAAUUAAAAAAAAGAAACUCAAGGCAUCUGUGUAAAGUUUAUUCAUAGCUCAUUGAUGAAAAAAAAAUAUAUAAAAACAACAUGGCUUUUGGAAAUAGGUAUUCUGAUGAAUUUAAAAUAGUAUGUUUUGAUUGAAAAAAAAAAAAAGAGAUACGAAAUAUCAAUGAAUGGACCAGCACAAUACUGAAAAUUAAAAAAAUGAUAAUGAAUGUAAUAAAAAUUUAAAAAACUAUGUAAUACAAAAAAAAUUAUGGAGCAGUAAGAUGAAAUGUAU